GGACGUGCGUAGCGGACGUUGUAGUGUGGCCUUUUCGGGGUUUCUAUUCUGUGGCCACAACAAAUAUACAUAAAUAAAGAGAAAUCGCAGUCAACCGACACGAGUAUACUAUAAGCAUAUAGUUUAUUUGCUAAGAAAGCGUCGCAGUUAUUUUGCCAAUCAACAAAUAUGGCCAAAACAAAUAGUGACGACGCUGAUAUAAGCCAAAAGUUGCAGGAAUUGCAGAGCUGGUUCGAAACAAAUCCAAAUCUUCCGGAAAAUAUCGAGCCCAUAGUUUUAAAGCGGUUUCUAAAGUGCAUGUUUUACGAUGUUGAACAGACCAAAGGCAUUAUAGAACUUAACUAUAGUAUGCGCAACGGGAAUCCAAAAUUAUUUCUAGAGCGCAACAUGGAGGACGAAAUGACUGCCAAAGCCCUGCGGGCAUCAGACCUACUGAUUAUGCCUGGCGUAACACCGGAACGCCACAAACUAAUUCUCUUUCGCAUGACCGAUCUAGAUCCCAGUUCGAGAAACUCUGUGGAGGAAAGCAAAAUUUUUUUUAUGAUGGCUGAUGCUCGUUUCACCAUGCCCGACACAUUGCAAGGGAAAGAGUCCGAAUCCAGUGAGGGGAACACCUUCGAUGAUGCAGAAAUUGCCGAUGGGGACGUACAAAUAGUCGAUAUUAAUGGCUAUACGAUGAGGCACAUGGCACGUGUCUCCGUUUUCAUAAUGCGGGUAUACAUGAAGUUCUUACAGGAGGCCUACCCAUCUAGACUUCGCGCCAUGCAUAUGAUCAAUUGCCCUCCGUUCUUAGAUCGCAUGGUGACCAUUAUGAAGCCUUUCAUUCGGGAAGAAGUCUAUGAAAUGAUUCAUUUCCAUUACGAAGGUCUGGACAGCCUGUAUGAGUGCGUUCCUCGUGAAAUGUUACCCGAAGAGUACGGCGGAAAUGCUGGUACCAUAGCUGAAAUCAAAGAGCAUUGGCUACAGACUUUAAGGGAGAAGAGUGGAUAUCUAAGCGAUGAGAAAUACUGGAAAGUCGUUAGUCAAAACAAAAGUCGUUGGUCGUGGUUUUGAAUUCUGAAACAGGAACGAAAUGAUCUAUGGGAGCUCCAUGUACAAAAAAGAUGCCGGAAAUGUAGCUACAUACAUACCUAUAUACAAGGAUACACUGAUAAUUCGGGAUGUUAAAUAAAAGACCCAAAAUAUAUGAAUUUAUCUAGCAAUA